AAGGAAAAGCUUCAAACAUAGGCUGCAAGGCCAUAUCUAGCUACCAUGUUUACAAGGAAAUUUAUAUCACUUGAUCAGCAACCAAGCAUACCACUCAACUUAACCACCAUUAAAACAUCUUCCUCUGGAAUAUGGCAAGGAGAUAAUCCUCUAAAUUAUGCCUUCCCACUAUUAAUAGCUCAAACAACCUUAGUUCUCUUCAUCACUCGCUUCCUUGCCUUCCUAUUCAGGCCCCUUCGACAACCCCGAGUCAUUGCUGAGAUAAUUGGUGGAGUUUUGCUUGGACCAUCAGCUCUUGGCCGGAAUAAAGACUUAUUUCAGAUAGUGUUCCCUUCAUGGAGCAUUCCCAUACUUGAAUCGGUAUCAAGUAUUGGUCUUCUUUUCUUUCUUUUCCUUGUAGGUCUUGAACUUGAUUUGAGCACAAUUUGCCAGAGUAGCAAAAGAGCUUUUCGCAUAGCACUGGCUGGCAUCUCCCUUCCCUUCCUGUUCAGUAUUGGAGUAUCCUUUAUUCUUCGUAAAGUCGUUCGCGGUGAAGAAAAUGUUGCUUAUGGCCAGUAUCUCUUGUUCAUGGGGGUUUCUCUCUCUAUUACUGCUUUCCCUGUGCUUGCACGAAUUCUUGCAGAACUUAAAUUGCUAACAACUGAAGUGGGUCAGACAGCAAUGGCUGCAGCGGCAUUUAACGACGUAGCAGCAUGGAUCUUGUUAGCACUCGCUGUAGCCCUUGGAGGCGAAGAUUCAAAGAGUCCGUUAGUAUCCAUAUGGGUUCUCAUCUCUGGGAUUGCUUUUGUGGCUUUUAUGAUGGUGGCUAUCCGACCCAUAAUGAAUUGGGUUGCCCGACAAUGCUCACGGAAAGAAGAUUCUCUCGAUGAAGCAUUCAUAUGUUUAACCUUAUCCGGAGUUAUGUUAUCUGGAUUUAUGACUGAUCUUAUAGGAAUCCAUUCAAUAUUUGGUGCCUUUGUGUUUGGUUUAACAAUCCCUAAAAGGGGAAAAUUUGCUGCAAGACUCACAAUAAGGAUUGAAGAUUUUGUGUCAGGUUUGCUUCUCCCACUUUACUUUGCUUCAAGUGGGUUAAAGACAGACGUAGCUAAGAUCCAAGGAGUUGAGGCUUGGGGUCUUCUAUUGCUUGUUAUUUCAACGGCCUGUGCAGGGAAGAUUCUGGGGACAUUUAUAGUGGCAAUGUUGUGUAUGAUUCCUGCAAGAGAAUCUUUGGCUCUUGGGGUGUUGAUGAAUACAAAAGGAUUGGUGGAACUCAUUGUUCUCAAUAUUGGCAAGGAGCAGAAGGUUCUAAACGACGAGAUGUUUGCAAUUCUAGUGUUGAUGGCACUGUUCACCACCUUCAUAACAACUCCAACAGUAAUGGCAAUAUACAAACCGACAAGUCGUAUCGUUAGAGUAGGACGACAAGCACCACCAGUUAAAAACUCACAAGACAAAACUCUUCAAAUCCUGGCUUGCGUUUAUGGAUCCCAAAAUGUAAAACCACUGGUUAACCUAAUCAACACAAUUACAAAUGCUAAAACAUCCUCAGUCAAGCUCUACAUUAUUCACCUCGUUGAAUUAACCGAUCGCUCAUCCUCUAUUAUGAUGGUUCAACGCACAAGAAAGAACGGUUUUCCCUUCAUUAACCGAUUCCGUCGAGGCAGCGCCGCCAAUGAUCAAAUAGAAUCUGCGGUUGAGGCAGACGGUGGCCAUGGAAGCCACCUCAAAAUCCGCCACUCAACAGCGGUCUCAGUAUUAUCGAGAAUGCAUGAGGACAUUUUCCACGUGGCAGAAGAUAAAAGGGUAGCUAUUAUAAUCUUGCCUUUCCAUAAGCAAUGGAGAGAUGGUGAUGGCGGUCAAAAAGAUGAGGAUGUGGGCCGUGGUUGGAUGGAAGUCAACCACAACGUACUCAAGACUGCAUCAUGCACCGUUGGAUUACUUGUUGAUCGUGGACUUGAUGGAGUUGACCGUCAUGAUGGUGCAAUGCAAAGAAGGGUUUGUAUUUUGUUCUUUGGCGGACCGGAUGAUCAGAAGGCUCUGGAGAUUGGUUUUAGAAUGGUUGAAAACCCAGCUAUAAGUUUGACUCUAAUAAGAUUCAAGGAUUCAUCAAGUAACUUCUUAAAGGAGGAAAGUGACGAUGCAGCAGUGGAAGAAUUCAGAAGAAAUUGUAUUAAAUCGAUGGAGUACAUAGAGAAGGAUAUGAACAAUGUAAGAGAGGAAGUGAUAAAAAUAGGGCAAAGUGGAGCUUUUGAUCUUUUGGUUGUAGGAAAAGGAGCUUCCGCAGCAAAAAUGGUAGAGACUCAAGCAGAGAAUCCUGAAUUGGGGCUUAUAGGAGACAUUUUGGCUUCAUCAGAGAAUGGCAUAAUAGGGUCAGUGCUAGUAAUCCGACAAAACAACCCCCAAAAUUCCAACAAGACCACCAGAUCAAAAAUUGCUGGAGACGAAGAAUCUACUGUUACCAAUGUCUCUGUUUGCUAAAAAUAAAGAGUGGACUUUUACCAAUGUUUGAUAAAUUGAUGUUGCUUGCUGUCGAAUUUUUUUUUUUACUCCUAUGCUUGAAUCGAAGUCACAAGUAUAAAUAAUGAAUAAUACUCAAACUUUGAACAAUA